AGACACCUGAUUUAGCGACAAAUAUAGGGUCGAAACCACCCACCAACACAAACCGCUCUCUCUCUUUCAAUCCUUUUUUGGUUCAAAGUUCUAUCAAAAUUGCUUCAACCAAUUUCAAAACAAAAUCUUGUCUCUCUCCCACUAUUCUGAUACCUUAUAAACACACCAAAAGAAGAAGACCCACACUUGGUAAAACCCAAAACCCAGAACGGUAAUCAAAUUUAUUUGUAAAACCUCUGUUCCCCUACUUUUGUUUUCUUCUACUUUCCUCGUAUAUUUAUUAUUUUUUUCAAGAAGACAGAAAGGAAGAAGCGCGCUCGAAAGGGAGAGAUAGGAAUUGAUGGGUCGGCCUCCGAGUAAUGGUGGCCCUGCCUUUCGUUUCACCCCAACUGAGGUUGCAGAGAUGGAAACAAUUCUCCAAGAGCACCACAAUCAAAUGCCAGUUCGGGAGAUCCUUGUAAGUCUUGCGGAGAAGUUCAGUGAGUCUGCAGAUCGGAAAGGGAAGAUUGUUGUGCAAUUUAAGCAAGUAUGGAAUUGGUUCCAAAAUAGGCGCUAUGCAAUAAGGGCAAAAUCAAGUAAGGUUCCUGGGAAGUUAAAUAUAACAUCUAUGCCUCGAGAUGAUGUAAAUCCUGUGAGAACUGUGCCUCAGCCAGUUGCUGCUACCAUGCCUCCCCCUGUGACUGCUCCAAUGCCUGUUGCUAUGCCUGCUUCUACAGUUCCAGGUGCGGGAAGGCCUAUGUCAGAACAUUCUUAUAUGGAAUUCGAAGCUAAAUCUUCAAGGGAUGGUGCAUGGUAUGAUGUUUCAACGUUUUUGGCCCAUAGAUAUUUGGACACAGGUGAUCCGGAAGUACAGGUUCGGUUUGCUGGUUUUGGACCAGAGGAGGAUGAGUGGGUUAACAUUCGCAAGCACGUCAGGCAACGUUCGCUCCCAUGUGAAGCAUCUGAGUGCGUUGCAGUUCUUCCUGGGGACCUUAUACUCUGUUUUCAGGAAGGUAAAGAUCAGGCUCUUUACUUUGAUGCCCAUGUCCUUGAUGCGCAAAGACGGAGGCAUGAUGUAAGAGGUUGCCGUUGUAGAUUUUUGGUGCGCUAUGAUCAUGAUCAGUCUGAGGAAAUUGUACCUUUGAGGAAGGUUUGCCGUCGGCCUGAAACUGAUUACAGGUUGCAGCAACUGCAUGCCUCCAAUGACUCAGCGUCCACGGAUCAGCAGAAAACUAGCACAGAUCCUUCUACAGCAAAUGCACCAAAGGUUAUAAGUUCAUCGACUGAGACAAUGCUGAAGCAGCAGAAUCCUGAUGCAUUUAGGACAGCCCUAGUUGCACAUGCUAAUGUUUCUGUAGCUGCACAAACUACAAAUCCAGAAUCCAAAAAUGCUGGGACCAUGACUACCAAUAUAACCAAUCCAGUAGCCAGCAAUCCUGGAAUUUCCCCAAGUGGUGCUGUAUUCACCACUAGCAUUGCUGUGGGCACUGCUACUGGUGGCUUUGGUCAAAACAUGCAGGAAGGAAUAUAGUGGGUUAAUCUGAUAGCCAUGUUAUCCUCUAUUGCUGAGUUGUUAAAUGAGCUUCAGUUACAAGUUAUCUUUUUCAUCUCUUUUACAAUUUUUGAUAAGCAAUGUUAUGGCUAUAGUAAUCUUUUCUGCUGGCCUUUUACCGGUUAUCAGCCAUUUUGCCUUGGCAUCUGGCAACUGAGUUCUGCUUUCUGCUUGUAAGGUACCAAGAUGAAAGAAAUUUAACAAUGAAAAUCAGAAUCUCCAACCUAAAAUUAUAAUGA